CUAAUCAUGCCGGGACUGCUGCUCGGAGAUGUAUUUCCUGAUUUCGAGGCAGAAACAACUGCUGGGAAAAUCAAAUUCCAUGAAUUUCUCGGAGAUUCGUGGGGGAUCCUUUUCUCCCACCCCCGAGACUACACUCCUGUCUGCACCACAGAGCUGGGCCGAGCUGCCAGACUGAGCAGCGAGUUCAGCAAACGCAAUGUCAAAAUGAUCGCCCUCUCAAUCGACAGCCUGGACGAUCACCGUGGCUGGACUAAGGACAUCCUGGCCUACAACUGUGAGGAGUCAGCAUGCAGCUCUCUACCCUUUCCCAUCAUCGCAGACAGUAAACGGGAGCUGGCAGUUGCCCUCGGCAUGCUGGACCCUGAUGAGAAGGACAAAGAUGGCAUGCCACUCACCGCCCGCUGUGUGUUCAUCAUCAGCCCGGACAAAAAGCUCAAACUAUCGCUCCUCUACCCGGCUACCACAGGACGAAACUUUGAUGAAAUCCUGCGUGUGGUGGACUCACUCCAGCUCACAGCAAGGAAACGAGUAGCUACACCUGCUGACUGGAAGCCUGGAGACUGUGUGAUGGUCCCUCCUAGCAUGUCUGAGGAGGAGGCAGCCGCUCUGUUCUUGGAGGGCGUCUACACCAAAGAUCUACCCUCUGGAAAAAAAUACCUGCGCUACACACCCCAGCCAUAAACACAUAUAUGGAUGUAACUGAUGUUUAUGUCUCUCAAACUGAACUUUAAUCCAUCUGCUCUCAAUUGUGCACCUGAAAGAUUAUUUUGGGUUCUUUAGAGUAGAUAAUAAAAUCAAGGAAUCCCAGGAGUAAAUAAGUCUGAAAAAG